AAUGAAUAAACUAAUGGUACGUAAGGCCGAUAUCCCUACUCCUUCUCAGAGGAAUGUGGACCUUCUUCAAACUAAGGUUCUUGUGGAAAGAACCUUGACACACCUGCCGCCUAUCGCUGCUUGACUCACCUGGUUGGGUUCAUUUUCAAGGGCAGAAAAAAUUGCCCAAUGCAUAGUGCCUCAAAGAUAUUGUACAACAAACAAGUAUAUUAACAUAUGCAAUUAUAGAUUUAACAACAAAGCCGGUCUACAUCAUGUAAUAAGAACUCGGAACUGAAGGACAACUGAAUGGUGGCAUCUUCAACUCCCAGCCUAUUGAGGCGACUCCUUCCAUAUGCUGUCUUCUUGACAGCUUUCUCUGUUGUUAUGAUGGUGCUUCUUAUGGCCAUGGACAUAAGAGCACCAAGACGGCAAGCCUUCAACAUGACUGAUCUGGACUUUCGGAAUGUGGCCCAAGACAACCCUCAAUUCAUCACCUACAUACGAGCAGUACAUCUCCAUUUGCCCUCUUCAUCACUUGGAAUGAGGAACUUAGUUGUAGAUCCACCACCACAGACAGAAUUUGUGGCCAGACUUCUCCAGUUUAAGAAAGGUGGCAUAUUUGUUGAAGCUGGUGCCUAUCGACACAACAGAUCAUCUGACACUGAAUGGCUUGAAAGAGAACUGAACUGGCAUGGUCUGUUGAUCCAACCCAAUCCUAAGGAUUAUCUUAUUCUGCGAGCCCAGAACAGGCUUCGGGCCCACUGCAUACAUGCUUGUCUUAGUCCAACACCAUACCCAAAAGAGGUCACAUUUCGUGAAGCUAUAGAAGGUCCUGACAGGAAUCAGGAAUAUGUGUUUACACGGGUCAAAUGCUUCCCUCUCUUCUCUCUACUUCUAGCAAUCAAUGCAACUUCUUUCAACUACCUCAGCCUGGAUGCAGAAGGGGCAGAAAUACAGGUGCUGAAAACCAUUCCCACAGACAGAGUUCAUGUUGAUAUAAUUGGAGUAGCCAGGAGUGAAGAGGACAGAAACCCUGAAUCAUCUAGAGCACUGUUAGAAUUCAUGGGAAGUCGCAAAUACAGUCUGGUUCACAAAUUCAGACAUAUGUACCUGUUCACAUCUGCCAACUUCCUAACCUAACCUAUCUAAUAGUUGACAUUUCACAAUUAUAGUUUAGCUAUGUCACAUGUAUGUUAAAAGUAUUAUUCUUCAUUAAAUAGCAAUUAUAUUGCACCAAAACAAAAAAACAAACUAGACGGCUAGAGUUGGUUAUAUAUAUUUUCCAAAGAGUUACGAAUUCUGAAUCUCAGCAGGGAAAAGAGUGAUGUAUAACAGUGAAAUGAAUUUGUCCCACCUUCUUACAGAUAUUCAUUUCACAAGAACAUAAAUUUGUAUUAUUCUGAUAGUCUCAAUAUUAUGUUUUAUAAAAUCUGUUCACAUUUUAUACUUGUCUGUUUACCACAAGUAAUGUAUUUAUAUUCCUGUAUAAGUUCCAUAUUUGGAGAUAUAUGACAUUUUCUUUUUCAUUUCAGAAAUGUGUGUCUUUUACACUGAAGAUUGUGAUCUUUUAUUUGUGUAUAGUAGCUGUUGUGAACCCUCAUCUAGAGUAUAUAUAAUGCAGGAUGAUUUUAGCAAAAUUACUGAGUUGAAAAAGUGUCUUAUACACUGGCAAGUAUGGUUUGCAUUAUAAAUAUUAUAAUUGUUAUUAUUAUUAUUAUAGGGAUAUUACCAUGAUAUCUGAAUAAGACUACACGUGUAGAAGUAAAAAUCUGUUAAAUUCCACUUCUGCAAGUACAUCCUGAGAUUCACAAGCAACUGUUUGUCUUGUCAUGUAGACAAUACAAAUGUCUUACUUGGCAUACUGAGGAUUGGGCAUAUUGAGUAUGGUACAUGAUAACCAUAUCAAAAACCAAUGAAAAUUCUCCAUCCGUAACUAUAUGUAUAUUUACAAGACAUUGCUGUUGAGUCAUUAGCACUACUCGUGCUUCAUAUUUGUAGUGUCUUCAGUUAGAAUAUGAGCUCAGAGACCAACUUUCCUGACUGAAGUUUCACACAGUUUUCCAUAGUUCCUCCAGGUGAAUGCUGGAAUAGUUCCUUCUCCAGCCAUUGACAUAUGUUCAAAUUCAUCAUUCACAAUCAUCUUCCAAUUUGAUACUAUAUAACAUACAAAGUUGAAAAACUGUCACUAAAUAACCCAACAAUCAAUCAAAUAUAUAGUUAAUUAUCUGCUCAUCUAACACCAAUAUCUGGUGUACAUAUCAGGAUGUAAAAUUAUAUAUCUGUAAAGAAAUACAGUAGAAUUGAAUAAGUACUUUUCACAUGUAUGGUUUAAUGAAGGAAAGAACAAAUGUUUAUACAGGAAGUUAAUAUUUUCUCUUUAUGUACUUAGAAAGGUUGAGAACGAAGUGUAUGAACCAAAUAAUAUCCAUAUCUGUAUCCGUCCAUAAAACAUUCCCGUACAAAAACAAAGAACUGAAGUUUUAGAUUCAUGUAAGCAACACUUCUUUCCUUACUCCAGGUUAUUAUAGAAAGACUGACACAUGCAUUAAUAAUGCCUAUAAUUUAAUAUUUAUAAAUGCUUAUUAAAUGAUUUUCAUGUAAUUACGUAACUGAGUGAGAACCAGUUUCUAUUUCAAGACAAGAGAUUAAUUUAAAAGUAUCGUUAACCCUUUCCACACUGACUUUUAUUUAAAGAACUAUAUUCUGUUGUAUAUUUCCAUGGUAAUUUUUAAUUACUUUAAUUUGGAUAAAUUCCUUUCAAUUCAGACCAAUGAAAUCAGCAGUGCAACUGUAACAUUAGCAGUAUAACUGUUUUUUAUAAUUGUUGUAAUACUUGCAAUGUCAUGGCACUUACUUUGAAUGUUGAAGACACGGCAAGAGAACUUUCCUAUCAUUUGGAGUCCAUAAAAAUACAUUUUGCUUGUUUCUGUCAGUAAUGACAAGUUCAUACAGUGUUGAGGUCUUCCUGUCACACAUUAUGUAAAUGAUCAGUUAUGUAUAAAAGUCACUUGAUUUCAAGACACAGAUGAGUUCUUCACUACUUUCAUAAAUCAACUCUAAUAUUUACCAUCAUUGGCAGAUAGAUUUCUGUUCUGUCAGCUUGAGAUUAUGCAAUUAAACAAUGCCACUGCUACAGUUCAGUUAGUUUUGUUUUCACUGCUGCAAAUGUUUAGACAAUUGUCAGUGAACAGUCCCAAUAUGAAAUUAAUUUUUAUUUAAAAACAAGAAACAGAAUUUGCGGCCCUAGGUAGCUACUUGCUUCGCCUGCACUGUCAGACAGACAGACAGACUCAGUGUGACACUUGACUGGAAUAUGAUAUUCUGAAUGUCAGACCAGGGUCCAACAAAAAAUUGAAGUUCAUUUAUCCACACAUCCAAACAAUGAAGGUACAUUUUAGUUUAUUUUCUAGGUUAAAUUGUUACAUAUUGUUAAAAUGUGCCUGACACAGAACCAAAUGACCUGUAAGGGUUCUCAAGCAUUUCAUGGCCUGGGGCCACAUUCCCCUUCUUAUUGGCAUGAGGGCCACAGGGUUUAUAAAUGAGGACAGUUUAUUAAAAACGCUACUAACCUACAGGUUCACACAUUACUCGAUAAUUCUGUUUAACUGUAUCAGUCAUAAGUGAGACACUUGACACUGUUUAAUUUGUCAAUAUCAGGUUGAAUUUCUGUUUCUGAGAUUCACAUGCAUCUCUACAAGACAUGUCCUACUUCUUGCUUUGACGUUCUUCAUUAAGCUGAACAGAUGCACACAGCAGUAGGUACUGCCCAACACCAAUGACUUUAAAAAAUCAGGUUUUGUGGUUUCAGGAUACUUUUGUAGAGAUGUAUUUUGAAUGGAAAUCAGUAAGCGAUGAGUCACAGAAUUUUUUCCUUUAGUGUUAAGCAACUCUGAAAAUCAGCAAAUUCCAGUUGUAUGUUCCUUGGUGUAGCAUCAAUAUACACAAAGAAUGAGAAUAAAACAUCUUUAUUAAUA